AGCCGCUAUCUAUUUUCCAAAAUGUCUGCGCUGUGUGACGUGUAGUUUACAUUGAACAGUGCAAAUUUAAAAAAACAUGGAAUAUUUCAAAAGUGGGCUAAAAUCUGUUCUCGGUGCACCUCCGCCCGGGAACCAGCCGUCCGGUGCUGACACCGUAGAACGUUUAGUUGAUCGCUUGCAAUCGUCAAGUUUGCUGGACGACCGAAGAGAUGCGUGCCGUGCAUUGAAAGCACUUUCAAGAACAUAUCGUCUGGAGGUUGGUACACAGGCUAUGGAUGCACUUAGGCAAGUGCUUGAGAUGGAUAGAACAGAUUGUGAGAUUGUUGGUUUAGCAAUGGAUACUUUGUGCAAUAUUACAAGUCCUGAAACAUUUGAGGCUGAAGUUGAAAAUUAUGGGCCCAAGAACAAAAUCGGAGAACAAUUUACAGAAAUAUUUAUCAAACAAUCAGACAGCACUACUCAAGUUUUAGCAUUUUUAGAGGAAUUCGACUUUAGAGUUAGGUGGCCAGCCCUCAAGCUCCUGACACAUUUAUUAGGUAACCGACCAAAGGACAUUCAAGAAAUAAUUCUUGUCAGUCCAUUGGGAGUUUCAAAGUUAAUGGAUCUCCUCAGUGACAGUAGAGAGGUGAUACGCAAUGAUGCGCUAUUACUGCUCAUACAAUUGACUAAAGGUAAUGCAAAUAUCCAAAAGAUUGUUGCCUUCGAGAAUGCAUUCGAUCGUAUUUUCGAUGUGAUAUCCCAAGAAGGUUCAGCAGACGGUGGUAUUGUGGUCCAAGAUUGCUUGUUGCUAAUGUUAAAUCUACUACGAGGAAACAUCAGUAAUCAAAACUUUUUCAAGGAAGGAAGCUAUAUACAGAGACUGACACCUAUGUUUGAUUUGCCACCGGAAACUGAUGAGAAUCCAUUAAGUGGCUGGAGUCCUCAAAAAGUUUGCAAUAUGCAUUGCAUGGUACAAGUUAUUAGGGCAUUAGUUGCUCCCGGUGGUCCAGCACAGGCAACAGCCGCUUGUCAACGGACGAUGAGGGCAUGUGGUUUACUGCAGGCUUUGUGUGAUAUAUUAAUGGCCAGUGGAGUUCCUGCUGAUGUGUUGACAGAAACUAUCAGUGCAGUUGCUGAAGUUAUCAGAGGGAAUACAAGCAAUCAGGAAUUUUUAGCUAGCGUUAUGGCCCCUAGCAGUCCUCCUAGACCUGCUAUAGUUGUUCUGCUAAUGUCUAUGGUGAAUGAAAAGCAACCAUUUGUUCUUCGCUGUUCCGUGCUUUAUUGUUUCCAAUGUUUUCUAUAUAAAAAUGAAGUAGGACAGACGCAACUUAUCCAGACACUCUUACCACAGGGUAACGAAGCAGCAUCUCUCACAACAGGACAACUAUUGUGUGGUGGCCUAUUUUCGUUGGAUCCCUUAUCAAAUUGGUUUUCGGCAGUGGCUCUGUCUCAUGCCCUAAUCGACAAUUCGAUCCAAAAAGAGCAACUGUUAAGGGUACUUCUUGCUACGAAUAUUGGCAAGCCGCCUGUUACAUUAAUGCAACAAUGUGUCAUGCUUCUUCAACAAGGAAAUAAGACACAAUGUAAACUGGGGCUUUUAAUGCUACUUUGCAGAUGGGUGUCGCAUUGCCCACCUGCUGUAAAAGCAUUCUUAACUAUAGAAUCUUCAGUCGCUUAUUUGACCGCACUGCUGUCUUCUCAAGAAGAUACUGACGAUUUGCAAGAGACACUGCUUCAAAGUAUGUGCGCUUUAUUACUAGGCUUAUGCGUACACUUUAAUGAUGACAGUGUGCCUAAUUAUACAAAGGAAAAGUUAUGCCAUUUGAUAGAAAAUCGACUUGGAUUGGAAAGAUUUCAGGAUGCUAUCGGAGGAAUCACCCGACAUGAAAUUUACUCCAGAACUCUUAAACAUCCUCAGCCUUCAACAAAAGAUCCGUCUGAUUUGCUUCUGGACCACGAGUUUUGUAGAUUGCUGAAAAUUUUGGAAGGUGUAGUAGUGAAAUCAGUACAGGAUGGAAGUAAUCCACAGGAGGGCAAGGACCCUACGUCGACAUUGUCGCCAUCUGAUUCUGCUCUGGUGUCACAAUAUAAAGAGCUUAUCAGGGAGCAGGAUGCGCAAAUUCACAGACUUAACCAGACGAACGAAACUUUGGCUAAAGAAAAAAGGGAUUUGGAGACCCAAGUAUACGAGCUACAGACUUCCAUCAGUCACUUGAGAGACCAGAAUUUAGUUCUACGUGCAGCUCAAACAAACUUAACAGAAGCCAAGGAGCUUGUGCCAUCUGUAGAUACUAUUGAUCUUACAAAUGUAGAAUUGGAGAAAUAUAAAAAUACGGUUCGAGAUUUGGAAAACAGGCUAGCCGAAUGCACGUUGAAUUUGCAAAAACAAGAACGAACAGAAUGUAAUUCAAACAACAGUAAAUAUGAAAAAUUGUUGAAGGAAAAAACAUUGGAACUUGAAAAAAUGAAAAAAGAUCAGGAAAAUUUGUUAGAACUUUUAACAGAACAAGAUAGCAAACUGAUGCAAUAUAAAGAGAAACUGGUUGCGCUAGGUGAAAAAGUAAAUCGAAUCAGACGAAAGUUCAGGAGAACUCGAUACCGACGAACAGCCAGAAUCCAGCAAUUAAAAUAUUACCGAAGAAUGUUUAACUCAAUCACGGGAAUAAAUUUUAGAUCCAAAAUGAAAGAAUUAUUCAUUAUUCAUGGCAUCAUCUCUUCUCCAUUUAAAACUAUAUUUAAUCAGAAUUACCUUGAUCAAAGUAUUUUUUAUUAAUUAUAUUUGUUAAUUGGUCACGUUAUUCUAUUCUUAUCUUUACAAAUUAAAUAUUUAUUGUGUACUUGUAGUCUCGUAUAAACAAUUACACAUCAAAUUCAUUGAAUUAUUCUGGUUCGUUCAGUUGUUAGAAAUUUGGUAGCUAUUGCACGGGAUUUAUGAAGCAAAUGUUUGGAACUUAUUAUUGGAAAGAGAACUUCUUUAUGUUGUUUAUUCAUUUUGAUAAAUCUCAUAUUGAACAAGGCCGCUAUACACAUAUUCAUUUACUAAGGUUUCCAUGUUCUAGACACACCCUCAUGAGGAAAUAGCCUAAUGGAAGAAGCAUUCCUUUUUUCAAAACUUUUCAUGCUUGCUAAAUUUGGUUUUACAUGAUUUGGAAACAAAGUCUCACAUAGUCUUCAUUCCGAACACGUCAAACAAGUUUUUACGGUGAAAGCAAUCUUGGAUACAUGCAGUAGAGUUCCAUUUCUAUUUGGGUGUA